GAGUCGGCGAAUUCUCGGCGCCCGUUCGAGGAGUCGUGCGCAGGCGCCUCUGUCACUUGGCAGAGAGGGGUGGGUGGGAGGAGGUCGGAACCGAGAGAGGGAGGGGGAGAAAAAAACGGACCGAUUGAUGUGCUCUGCCUGUUCUGCGCAGACUCCGCACGGCCGCGUACAGGGAGAGAGAGAGGGAGAAAAAACAGUUUGAGCGAGGGGGGGAGGCUGCAAUCGUGUUUGACAGCCGUAAAAACCUCUGGAUUCUCGUCUGAAUGGUCGCUGUAAGCCCUCCGUGUCGAAGCCGACUCUCUUCAGGGUGAAAUGAAUAUUGGUUGUUGAAUGUCACCAAGCCUCUCUUUGAUUCUUGGAUUUGGCUACUGCAAAGGUGUUUUGGAUUGGCGUAGGGCCACUGUGUGGCAGUACUCAACAAAUUAGGAGUUUGCAAGGAAUUUGGAUCUCCUGUGGAGGAGGCAGCAGCUGCUGUACAAAUCAGACUUGAUUUCACACAAUCAAAAUGGUGUUGUCACAGAGACAAAGAGAUGAACUAAAUCGAGCUAUAGCUGAUUAUCUUCGUUCUAAUGGCUAUGAAGAGGCUUAUUCGGUUUUUAAGAAGGAGGCAGAAUUAGAUAUGAAUGAAGAAUUAGACAAAAAAUAUGCUGGACUGCUGGAGAAAAAAUGGACCUCUGUGAUAAGAUUACAGAAGAAGGUUAUGGAAUUAGAAUCAAAACUCAAUGAGGCAAAAGAAGAAUUUACAUCAGCCGGCCCCCUCGGUCAAAAACGUGACCCUAAAGAAUGGAUCCCUCGUCCUCCAGAAAGAUAUUCUCUGAGUGGACACAGAAGCCCAGUCACACGAGUUAUUUUCCAUCCAGUUUUCAGUGUCAUGGUAUCAGCCUCUGAGGAUGCCACAAUAAAGGUCUGGGACUAUGAGACUGGAGAUUUCGAACGUACGCUGAAAGGUCACACAGACUCUGUACAGGAUAUCUCCUUUGAUCAGAAUGGCAAGCUGUUGGCAUCCUGCUCUGCUGACAUGACCAUCAAGCUUUGGGAUUUCCAGAGUUUUGAAUGCAUUAGGACCAUGCAUGGCCAUGAUCAUAAUAUUUCAUCAGUAGCUAUCAUGCCUAAUGGAGAUCACAUAGUGUCUGCCUCGAGGGAUAAAACCAUGAAAAUGUGGGAGGUCCAGACUGGUUAUUGUGUGAAGACUUUCACGGGACAUAGAGAAUGGGUGCGCAUGGUUCGACCCAACCAGGAUGGAACCCUUCUGGCCAGCUGUUCCAAUGAUCAGACAGUGCGCGUAUGGGUGGUAGCAACAAAGGAAUGUAAAGCUGAACUUCGAGAGCAUGAACAUGUUGUAGAAUGCAUUUCUUGGGCACCAGAGAGCUCCUACCCAACCAUUUUGGAAGCAACAGGAUCUGAGACUAAAAAGAGUGGCAAACCUGGACCUUUCCUCCUGUCAGGAUCCAGAGACAAGACAAUUAAGAUGUGGGAUAUUAGCAUUGGAAUGUGCCUUAUGACACUGGUUGGCCAUGAUAACUGGGUACGUGGUACCCUUUUUCAUCCUGGAGGAAAGUUUAUUGUGAGCUGUGCUGAUGACAAAACUAUUAGAGUCUGGGACUACAAGAACAAACGGUGCAUGAAGACCCUGAAUGCACAUGAACACUUUGUUACCUCUCUUGAUUUCCACAAGACGGGUCCAUUUGUUGUCACUGGAAGUGUAGAUCAAACGGUAAAGGUCUGGGAGUGCCGCUGAUGGAAUUGAUCUUCUGGUUUUUUUCUCCUUUCCCUCCUUUUCCCUGGCCUCACCACCCAAAAUCCCACCCCUCCAGAUGCACUCAGUUACCAUGGUUACCCAUCGAGCUCUGUUUAAUAACUAUUGUCCUUUAAUGUAAAUUAUUCUGGAUGUAGAUUGAGCUAUUAAAUGUUACACAAAAGUAUUCAUGCAUGGUGAAUCCGAAUUGUAUACUGUAAAUUACAUACGUUGUCUAGAAGUACCAUAGGUAAAGAACAAGGGCUAGCAUUGGUCAUAUUAGACCUGGAAAGCAGAAGUUGAUUGGAUAAUUAGGGCACUAAAAAUGACUCUGAAAUUAAAUCGACGGUGAUGUUAUCAGUCAUUGGAAAUGGUCUUUAAUUUCAUUGUCAUUUUUGUCUGCAGCACACCAAAUGUGCUGAUUCUGUAAUCCUUGAAUCACUUUGUGUGGUACUAGGGCUUAUUUAAUGAGUGUGUAGGUGUGUUGUUCAUAAAUUGUCUACCAUUCUAUUAACCUUACGUAAGUGAUUACAAACCAAUAUCCAGUAAACUCAAAAUAACAAUGGGUGAAUUCUGAAGACCAUUGUUAGAUCUCCCACUCGGGUUGGGAUUAACGUUCACAAAUAAUUGCAUGUUAAAGUUGGGUUUCACUGUAUAAUAAAUGAGACUACUUGUCUCCUUAAGCCCACGUGCCAUCCUCCAACCUUGAAAUGUAGUAACAAUGAUCAUAAACAAGGUCUGACUGGUGACUGCUGAAGAAAACUUGUCCAAGCAUUUGACCCCCCGCAGAAAGGUAACUGCCUUAUGGUUACAUUGUAACUAUAUUGAGAAUCUUGGGUGUGUGCUAUCCAAGGAUUACAUUAACCAGUUCAGACCAUACUGCAUUUGAGCACUGACAAAUUUAUUUUGGUGCACGCUGUUAACUUAGUAGAUUUGGUUGGACAGUACAUAAGCUUUAAAAGUAAAAAAAAAAUUGUGUGAAUAACCAACUUGCUUUUAAAAAUUGUUGCUUCUAAUGAUGAGCUUUGUAGCACCAUUUUCCAUAAUAGACACAUUGUGUUCAUAUGUUUUAAAGAGAGAAUUUAGUGACAAAUAUUCACCCCAUUAAACAAAAUGCCACUAAAUACACAAUGCUUUUAACUAGGAUGCCUUUUUUGUUUUAAACUGAACAUUCUUUGUAAAUGUCUAGGAGAAAAACAUGCUGAAGUGAAAUUUUGUAGUAACUAUUGCAAUUUGUUUUAAAGCUGUGUUUUAUUUAAAACAUAUGAAAACCUUGUGCCUAAUCCUCUCAACACUCCCUGCUUGAAGCAGGGGACACUUAUUUAAUGAAGGAUGUACUCUACAACUUGAAAUAUUUAAGAAUUUACUUUCCAGGACAGAAUGGUGUAAAAAUGUGCUUUGUAGAAGGCUAUUAGCAGCAUCAAUCAGUUAAACGGUGCUUUAGAAUAACGAAUCAUUUAAAAAGGCCUUUUGCGCUUUUUUUUAUAGUAUAAUGUGCACCGUGUUAUCUUAAAAUGUCUUGACUUUAAGCAAUAGCCCAGUUUAAAGACAGUCCUUAAAUUCAUUUUGGAAACGUAUUUGGUUUUGGUUUAUAUGUGCAAAAAAUCAUGGUGAACACCACCAGUUUGCCUGCCUCCCCACCCCUAAUUUCUCCAUGAUAAAUUUAUAAAAUAUCUUUGGAUGAGCUGGACUUUUCUCCUGGACUUUGCUAAUGCAUAGCUUAUGAAGGAGCCAGUGUCGGAAGGAGGGGAAAAGUGUAACUUAAAAUGCCAUAUCAGCAUUGGGAAUUGCAUCAAAUUCUGCUUUGUCGUGUCCAAUCAAUGCAAUUUCUUGUUCGUUCUGGAGAGUGUGCAGUGAUGUUUUGUGAAUUUUGUGGCCGCCUGCCAUUGUAACUUAUGUAGUUCAAUAGCAGUAACAGUAAAAGAGCCAGAUAAUUCCAGCAUUGUGAAUCUGUAAACAUCGAUUUUGGGAAGAACAAUGUGCUCAUUAGCAGUAAUUCACAGUAGCUGCUGUAAAUUACAUGCAGUGCAUCAUGUGUAAUGUUUUAAACUUGUAGUAAUAAAUGCAAUAUGGUAAUUUAUAGCUGCAUUGGGUUAAGUUCCCAGUUGCCAAUCGAAAUUCUAAUGAAGUUGGCCUUGACAAGCAAGCUGCUCUGUUCAUCUGUGUAUUUCUGCUAUCAUUCUGACCUUUGUGACUCACACUUUCUUAAAAUCUGUGAUACAUUGGUGCAGCAAAGUUAUGGCACUAGCAGCAGUUAUAAUACAAAGCCUUUAUCAAACAGUUAACUGCAAGCAAAGGAUAACUAGAACCCAAUCUGCUACUGGUUUGGUUAUGCUGUCUGGAAAUAUGUCUUCAAAAAGAAUCUAAAACUUUGUGAUUUGGACAGUAGCAACUAUUACCUGCAAAAAAGACGUAAUUACCCUACUGGAGUUGAAUUCAUGUUCUCAGCACUUUCGUACCUUUUUUGUUGCAGCUGUGUAUAUCCCACAUUGUCUCCUAAACAUUGAGAGCUGAAGUGUGUUAUUUCAGUUACAAACUUUCUAUAAUAUAUGCUUACUGAUAUUUCUCCUGGAAAAAUAGAUUUCAGCUCUGGUAGUUAAAUAAGAUUGCAUUCUUUAUUAAUUAUUGUAAUAAAAGUGCACAUAACUGCCUACUAAGCCAAAAUUGUUGAAUAAACUCCCAACAUUUUUUCCCUUUCCUGUGUUGAAAAUAUACACAUGUCAAUUUGUACUAUUCUUCUAAGUUUCUGGACUUGGUUCUAAAGAAGCUUCUUUGCUUUCAGAACUUGAAACAUACUCGUCCAUUUAUGUUAAUGGACAGUGUCUGCUUAUGGCCACUAGCUCUCCUGAUACCUUACAAUGAAAGCAAAGCCUAUUCAACCAAGUGAAAUACAGGCAGUUUAUGGCACCGGAGUUAUGUAAUAGUCAAAAAUAUCCAGUCACAUUUCAAGAUUUUUUUUUGCUGGUAAUUUUUGUUAAAGCACUUUUCUGUCAAACUUGACCUAUAAUGGCACUCCUGUUGACCACUCUGCAAUGAGUGAAUGCUAUCAAGUAUAUCAAAAAUAAAGAUUUCAAUGGUACGUUAAUAAAGCGUGGUGGUGCUGUGAAGAACUUGAAGCUGUAGAUGUGGUAGCUCAGUUUUGAAGUUUUUGCAAGAAUUUAGGUUUAUUUAAAGUUUAAAUAUUAUCUGAACAGGUGAUAAAACUAUAUCAAUCUUUUAUUUUUGUCCUAUAAUAUCAUAAAACGUUUCUUACCUGUGAAUUGCAGUUCAUUCCAUUUCAGAGCAUGUAGAAUUUUUCAGUACAAAACCUAUCUUGACCAAAAUUACUUUUCUUUCCCUUUUUGAUCCAAAAAUAUGUACAUAGGAAACAUUUGUUAUAAAGAGGAAACUGUUCUAAAAUGGAAUAGUCUGUGUAUUCACUUGGUAACAGAAGAGAAUAAAGCAAAAGCAUUUUUAAACUCAUUACACAUUCCAGAAAUUAGCCCUUAACUACCUGUGUGCCCCAUUCCAAAUCGUGGUUUGCUUUAAUAUAAAUCGCUUCAAUAUAGACUGGUUGAAACCAUCUAGUAUGAUCUGGCCUUCAUUGAAGUUGAAAAAGAAAACUUGUAUAGCAUCUUGCACUUUAAAAUAACAAAAAAACCGUCCUGCUUUCUUCAGCACGUGUAUGGUGUGACCAAUGCUAUGUCCAAGGCACUAAACAAACCUAGUAGCUAGCAAGUGUAAGGGGCUAUGGAGCACUGUAGUUUUGAAAGCUUGGUUAUAGACUCACCAAGCCCAGUCUACUGUCAGUAUCCUGCUUCUCCUAUUCGCCUCUUCCUCUUUUUGUGAAUUGCCUGGUUCAAACUCUUCUUAAAUGGCCAUUCCCACUGAAGCCAUUUUUAACCCUUCAGACUCUGUUUUGUCAGCUAUUUUACUGGCUGUUAAUUGACCUUUGCCAUUCCCACUGUAUCAUGUGAUUGGCUGCUUUCUAGUCCUGCCUUUUCCCUCAGUGUUCCUAAGGUGUUCCUGAAGACCAGUAGUGAACCUCCAAGUAGACGUUGUACUCAUCACUGACACUAUGGCAAGAAGUAAUUUUAAAGAAGGGUGCAAUUACAAGUACCAGGACUGUGAGAAGAUAAUUGAGCUAUUGACACAGUACAAGCAAUCAGUUAAGGAAUGUAUAUACUGCUGUGUGUUUUACAGUAAGAUUUGUUGCUAUCAAACUGUGUAAAACAAGAUUUAUUCAUGUUUUCUGCAUAUUAAAAUCUUAAUGUACCAAUUGGUAAAGACUAUUAAAAUGCAUACAAAACU